AUGUCUCAAGUCACAAAUACUACCACCGGUAUCAUUAAUACUAAUAACGGUAAUACACCAUGGAAUAGAACACCCGGUAAACCUGGUGUUGGUUCCGGUAAUACUGCUGGCACCCAUUCUGCGUUUUCCUCUGCACCUUCAGCUGUUCCAUGGUCUACAACAAAUAGAGGUGAUAUCGAUUUGAUACAAGAACGUGAUCAAAUCGAAGAUUCUGUUGAUAAAAAGACUCAAUCGAUUCGUUCUUUAGUAUCCUAUGCUAAUUCGAAGAAUUCGGAUAAUUCUUCUACUAAUACUAAUACUGCUGCCGCUGUUGCUAAUACUACUGCUACUGGUAAUACAGGUCAGAUGUGGCCGCCUCCAGUCUUUGAUUCACCCAGACUUACAGAUCGUAAUGUUGGCGGCUUUUUAUCUCAGGAAUCCUCAUCAUCAACCGAUAACCAGUGGGCAACUACCACACCUUUUUCAGGUCAAACAGCUUCUGCCGCUGCUGCUGUUGGUGCUGCUGGAAAUACCAAUUCUCUGUUAGGUUCACCUAAUUCAUUUCCUAAUAUUAUAAAUCAUACACAAACUAUCAAUCCUAACCUAUGGUCUUUCGAUAAUUCAAAUAAUUGUCCUUCUGCGCCAAGAGCAAUUACUGGUCAACAAUUGAAUGUAACCCUGGCAACUACAUCACCACCACCAUCGGAAACUACAAGUUCAGAGCAUACUCGCCGGUAUAUGAAUUGGACAUUGGGAAGUGAUCAAGAUUUACUGAAUGAUGAUCGAUCUGGAUUAGCUUUCCCAUUAUCCAAUAUAAAUAUCAAUAGUAAUAAUAAUAACAACUCUAUUGGUGGGUUCGGCAAUCAAUCUGAUUUUAUUGAAAAUCAAUCAUCAUUCUCUUCACCUAUGAAUGCCAAUAUUCGAAAUAGUAGUAAUAAAAUAUCAGAAUUUGAUGUAGGACAGAGUAAUAUUUCAAAAAAAUCCAACUCUGAUAUUGACACAUCAACUUGUGAUACUGAAGAGGCUAUUCGUACAGCCGUCAAUACAACAGAACCAUGGGGAAUUCAUCCAGUUGACCAAAGCACACCAUGGAAUUGUUCUGAAGCAAAUGGUGAUUGCUUACCAACGCAUUCCUCUGCAUCGAUUACAGGAACACCUGGCAAUAAUGACUUGUCUACUAGCGCAUCACGAGUUACUGGUUUAAACCAGUCGUCAGGUGGGGGAGUAUCAAAUAUUCAACCUUCCGGUAGUAUCACUACAACUGCUACCGCUGCUACUAUUGCUACUCAGUCAUCUUUACAUUCCAGACGUCUUAGUUCAGCUAAUUCAUCAUCAGCAGUAGUAAGCAGAGAUUUGGAGUCAAAUAUCUGGCCAAGUGAACCACCGAAUGGUACAGGGAUUUGGGAAUCGCAUUAUGAAAGUCUUGGAGAAAGAACUGCACGUUGGCAUCAAAGCACCAACUCUGGACAACCACCAACAACAACACCACUACAACCACCACCACUAACAUCUCAGGCUUCAUUUGCAUCACAUUCUCUAAAUCCAGCUAACUUUGUUUCCAGUCAAAUGUCACAACAUCCUUCUCAUCGAUCUCGGCCACAACAAGGCCAAAUUCCAUCAAACACGGAAAGUUUUCGUGGCAUAAAUCGUGGUCCAGUCGUCCCAGGGACUAUAUUUCCUUUAGGACAACCACCACCUCCAACGCCUAAUGUCAUGAAUCUGGGGACAAGAUCAUUGUUUGGUGGGAAUCAUUCACUUGGACAGAUAAAUAGUAAUGUUGGUGGAAAUACUGGUCCGUCUAGAGGCUUUCCAAUAGCUGCUCCGGUGAAUCUUGGACCUGGAGUUUCUUGGCCUUAUUCUCCUGCAACUCAUCCAGGUGAUCCUGCUGUCCCAGGUAUUAAUUUCGGUAAUAAGUCUCGGUGGCCUGGUCCAAAUAUGAAUCGUCUACCUGUUGGUGGUAAACAACAACAACAACAGCAGCAGCAACAUCCACCCACGCAUAUCUUGCCUAACAUGACUUCGACUGGCUUACGAUGGCCUCCUGGUGGAACAACUCCACAAAUGCAAGGUGUAUGGCCAUUAACAACAGAUCAAAGACGUCCAGGUACAGUUCAAGGACCACAAUGGUCAUCAGCUAGUACUUCAGGAAUGGAUAAUAAUCCUAGUGGUUAUUUCAAUCAACCUAAUCAAAGCCUACCACCUCGUGCUUCUCAACAGAUCAGUGUGCCAGAAUUUCCUACAUCAUUGGCAGCAGCUUCUAGUCGUGGUGUAAAUCAAGCGUUUAGAACUCCACAGAGUGCCUUUUAUCCAGCCAUGACUCCCGGUUUUACCUCUUCCUCAAUGUCUCAACGUAUGUUUAUGAGUCCUCAACAACAUUCACAGCAAUUACAACAGCAGAGUGUAAUUCGUGCUCAUGUAAUGCGUCAGCUGUUUAGUCUUGGUUUUUCAGAGGAUGAAAUUCAACCGAUAUUCGCUGAUACAAACACCAGUGUGGAAAGAGCUUUAAUUGAUCUACGUGAUCGAUCAGGUCAUCCUGGUAUUGAUGAACUGAUUAAUUCAUUGAAACCGAUUACAGCUAGUCUGUUAACAUCACUGAAUCCAGAUGACGGCAGUUUAUCAUGUCUUGGACAAAAUUCAACCCCAACGAAUCGACUAAUGAUGGCUAUGCGGGGAAACGAUUUAUCGAAGUCCACCUUGCCAAUGCAUAGUCAACCUGCAGAAAAUCUUGAAUUAUCUCUACAAUUACUUCAACAACGUGAAUCACAGAUUUUACAAACAAUUGUUCAACUACAAUCGAAACAUCAAGAAUUAAAUCAAAAACUAUCGCAUAUUCGAUCAGCUAAUGUUCCAUUUGCAACGAAUCCAGUUAUGCAAGAACUUCAACUGCAAACAUUUCAAGUUGCUCAACAAAUUGAUGCUCAACAAGCUCAACUUAAACAUGUGCGUAGUCAAGCUGCUAUGCUGAAACAAAUCAAUCUACCACCAAAUUUAUUAUCAUCCUCAUCAUCUAAUCCAUCCUCGUCAUCAUCAUUACAUGGUGGUAUGACUGCUACAACAACUCCACUGUUGCCACCCUUAUCAAUGUCUGGUAUGCCCGGUCAAUCAUCGUCUUCAAGUCUACACGGCAUGUCUCCAUUACCAUUGAAUUCAACUGGUAAUUGUAAUUCAUUGAAUCUGCUGACUACUAGUAAUAAUAAUAAUAAUAAUAAUAAUAAUACGAAUUCAUCGUGGUCAUUACAAAGUGGUUCAAAUCUCGGCGGGAAAUCUAAUCAUCAAUUAUUGAAUAACAGUGGUAAUAACAACAAUAAUAAUAAUAUGACUAGUGGUGUUACAGAUAACCAUCCUGAUUUUAGCCAAGAUCAGUCGAAUUUCAAUAUGAUGAAUUCACUCUUGUGGGAAUCCAGUCCAUGGUCAGGAUCAUCCAGUCAACAACAUCUUAGUGAAAAUUUCUCCACUACUAAUCGAAAUCAUCUAUCUAGUGAUAGACGUUGGCCGUUACCACCUGGUGCUGGCAGUGGUGUUACCGGUAACGGUAAUAGUUCCUCUAUAAUAUCAUCAUCAUCAUCUGCGAAUCGAUCAGCAUUCAUAUCCUCACAACUUGCAUCACUUGGUGAUCCUAGAUGGACUGAUAUUGCUAAUGAUAUGAGUAAUUCAACAGGCAAUGAUACAAGACAACAACAAUCCCUUGUUGGCGGUGAAAUUGAUGAACUACGCAAUUGUGGCGGCGGCGGUAUAGACUAUCCAUUAAUUCCAAUUUCGAUUUCAUCAAAAUCAUGGUUACUAGCUCAUAACAUUCCUCCGCAUGUAUCUGUUGGUAUGCUAAAAGCAACAGUAUCUACUGCAUUGAGUAAUCACUUGAUGAAAUCAUCAGAAGCACAUGAGAAAUCCGGUGAUAGUAGAAAUAAUAAUAAUAAUGGUGAACCCGAAUUUGAAAUUCAUCCAAAUAUGUCAGCUAGAUGGAUAUUAUUAGGCUUAUGCAAUUCACUGCAAGCUUCAGUUGUUCAUAAAAGCUUGGAAAAUGCAAAUAAUAGUCAAUUGAAUGGUUAUUAUGGCUCGGUGAAAUUGAUUACACCAGCUGAAGCACUUCUUCAUUUACAAGAUAUUCAAUCUCUAGCUUCACGAUUGAAAGGUUUGAGUACGGAUAACUGUCUCUCGUCGGCAUCAUCCAAUCUUCAUUCGAUCAAUCAAUCAUCAAGUAUAUUGACAGGAUGUGAUUUCAAUAGUGGCAAUAAUAAUAUUAAUAAUAGUAAUAAUCUAAAUAAUGAUAUUUCUGGAUCAAAUUAUUCAAUGAUCGGAUCAAAUACUGCAAAUAAUAAUAAUAACAAUAAUACUUCAGAUAUCUAA